AUGUCAGAUUCCAACACAACUGGAUUCACCAACCCAUCCACCUUCAUCCUGCUGGGCAUCCCUGGCCUGGAGGCGGCCUAUGUCUGGCUCGCCAUCCCCUUCUGCCUCAUGUACGUCAUAGUUCUCUUGGGCAACUUCGUCAUCCUCUUCAUUGUGAAGUUUGAACCAAGCCUCCACAUGCCCAUGUACUAUUUCCUCUGCAUGCUGGCCGUCACCGACCUGGUCCUGUCCACCUCCACCCUACCCAAAAUGCUGAGCAUCUUCUGGUUCAAUUCCAGGGAGAUCAAAUUCAGUGCCUGCCUUGCCCAGCUGUAUUUCGUUCAUUCCUUCUCGGUGAUGGAGUCUGGGAUCUUCAUGGCCAUGGCUUAUGAUCGCUACGUGGCCAUCUGCCAUCCCCUGAGACAUUCCACCAUCCUGACAUACGUGGUUGUGGCCAAGAUCGGCCUGGCCGCAGCACUGCGUGGCAGCAUUAUCGCACUGCCCUAUCCCUUCCUGGUGAGACGGUGGCCAUAUUGCAGAACCAACAUCAUCUCCCACACGCACUGUGAGCACAUGUACGUGGUGAAACUGGCCUGCGGUGACAUCAGCAUCAGUAGUUCCUACGGUCUCUUUGUGCUAUUCUGUGGCAAAGGUCUGGACAUAUUUUUUAUUGCCAUGUCCUAUAUCCAGAUCCUCAGGGCCAUCUUUAAGCUCCCCACAAAGGACGCCCGGCUCAAGAUUUUUGGGACCUGCAGCUCCCACCUUUGUGCCAUCUUAGCUUUUUAUAUCCCUGGUUUUUUCUCCUCCUUCACACAGAGAUUUGGCCAGAACAUGGCCAUGCAUUUCCAUGUUCUCAUUGGUAACGUGUAUCUCUUGGUGCCCCCCAUGCUCAACCCCAUCAUCUAUGGGGUAAGGACCAAAGAGAUCCGGGAAAAGCUGCUACCCUUCUUUACUCGUAAACAGACUUAA